AGCACAUAUUCAAAUUCUGCUCCAUAGAACCAAAUACACAUUUUAUUAUUUUUUUUAUCAGUGAUGACGCAUAUGUAAGAAAUACGUAAAUUAGGGGAAUAAAUUCAAAUGUGAUACAGACGCACACAGGUGAGAGAACAAUGUCAGUAUUUGUCAUCAUGUGUUUUUAUGAGUGUAAAAGAACAAACUGAAGAUGGGAGGAGCUGAAGAGGAGGACGUGAUGAAGAUCAAACCCAUAAUAUCCAUCUGUUCUAAUGAUUUAACAUUCAAGACAGAAAUGGAUGGAAACUAAUGCUGUCUUCAGUUUAUCUGCAUGUGUUCCACAUCAUUAUCACUUUGUGAAUAUGAAUUUGACCUGGACUGAAGCUCAGAGAUACUGCAGAGAGAAUUACACAGAUCUGGCCACCAUCAACAACAAGAAUGACAUAGAAGAGCUGCUGAAGAGUGUGAAUGAUGAUCAGGUUCAGUAUGUCUGGAUUGGGCUGCAGAAGACAGUCAGUUAUAAAUGGAAGUGGUCUCUGGGUGACCCUGCGUUCUACACAGGAAAUGAUUCACAGUAUCGCAACUGGGCACAGGGACAACCAAAUGGUGAUGAUGACUGUAGUAACAUGAAUCCUGGACAAUGGAAUGAUUAUGAAUGUAAUAACAGCUUACCUUUCAUGUGUUACAGAGACAGCAGUAAAGAAUACAUCGCUGUAAAUCAGACCAUGACUUGGAGAGCUGCUCAGAAUCACUGCAGGGAGUUUUACACAGAUCUGGUCAGUGUGAGGAACCAGCCUGAGAAUCAACAGAUUGAGAAGAUCAGGAAUGAUGCACACAUUACAUCUGGAGUCUGGAUCGGUCUGUUCAGAGACUCAUGGGAGUGGUCAGAUCAGAGUAACUCCUCAUUCAGAAACUGGAGGACAGGUGUACCUGAUAAUGAUGGGGGGAAUGAAAACUGUGCAGUGGUUUGGGUCAAUACAGACCAUGGACAAUGGGGGUACAGGACUUGUAGUUUCAAAUAUCCCUUUGUCUGCCAUGAAGAUAAACUGGUUUUGAUUAAGCAGAAUCUGAGCUGGCCAGAAGCUCUGAAAUACUGCAGAGAGAAUCAUGUGGAUCUGGUGUCAGUUCACUCUGAGCAGAUUCAGCGUCGGGUGAUGAAUGUGGUUCAAAAGGCUUCCACUGCUGAAGUGUGGUUGGGUCUACGUCACUCCUGCACUAUGGGCAUCUGGUUCUGGGUGAAUGGAGAGAUCUUGUGCAAUCAGAACUGGGCUGCAGGUCACAGGACAGGAGUGGACUGCAGGGAUGGACCGAGAGUUGGAGCAGUUCAGUCUGGAGGAGAUCAUCGCUGGGUCAGACUUCCACAAACUCACAAACUCAACUUCAUCUGCACCAACUAUGAAGACUGAAACAGGAUCAUCAUCAUCUGUAGUCAGUGGAGUCAGAAUUUCACCACUUGAUGUUUCAUUUAAAACUUCUGUUUCUUCUUUUUUUUCCAUGACAAUGUAUGACACUGUAUGACCAUGUAAACUUAAAAUGUCAAAUUUCUCUGUAAGUAGUUCUAUGUUAUUGAAGUCCUGAAAUGAUUCAUGUUAUCAGAAUACAGGUUCUGUUCUGAUGAUUCAGAUUCACUGAUAAAAUGAUGCAUACAAACAUUUACACUCUUAAAUUUAGCUUUGCUUUACUAUUUUAUUUUACUUUUGGACAUGUCAUUUAGUAUAACUAUGAACGUGAACUGUCUGUUUUAAAGUGUUUUUAAAAUUUCAUUUUCUUCUUGUUUUUCAACAAGGUGAAAUAAUUUAAUCAGGCACUUGUUGGGUAACCUUUGCUUUACACAGUACUUAUUUGUAUUUCUCAGAAAAUAAAGCUUUUGAAAAUG